CCUCUCUCUGAAUUCGAAGAAAAAAUAUGGAGAAAUGGUACUUGAUGACAGCUGCAGUCUUACUAGGACUAACAGUACGGUGGACAGUUUCUCUCAAUUCUUACUCAGGUGCUGGAAAGCCCCCUAUGUUUGGUGAUUAUGAAGCUCAGAGACACUGGCAAGAGAUUACUUUUAAUUUACCCAUCAAACAAUGGUAUUUUAACAGCAGUGAUAACAAUUUACAGUACUGGGGAUUGGACUACCCACCUCUUACAGCUUAUCAUAGUUUUUUAUGUGCAUAUGUGGCAAAGUUUAUAAAUCCAGACUGGAUUGCUCUCCAUACAUCACGUGGAUAUGAGAGUCAGGCACAUAAGCUCUUCAUGCGUGCAACAGUGUUAAUUGCUGAUUUGUUGAUAUACAUACCUGCAGUGGUUCUGUACUGUUGUUGUUUAAAAGAAAUCUCAACUAAGAAAAAGAUUGCUAGUGCAUUAUGCAUACUGCUGUACCCAGGCCUUAUUCUGAUCGACUAUGGACAUUUUCAAUAAUUUCCUUGACAUGAGAACAUAUAUAAUUCUGUGAGUCUCGGCUUUGCUUUGUGGGGUGUUCUUGGAGUAUCUUAUGACUGGGACCUGCUAGGGUCCCUGGCAUUUUGCUUAGCUAUAAACUAUAAGCAGAUGGAACUUUACCACUCCUUGCCAUUUUUUUGUUUUUUACUUGGCAAGUGUUUUAAAAAAGGCCUCAAAGGAAAGGGGUUGGUGUUGUUAAUUAAGCUGGCUUGUACUGUCGUGGCUUCCUUCGUUCUCUGCUGGCUGCCAUUCUUUACAGAAAGGGAACAAACCUUGCAAGUUCUAAGAAGACUCUUUCCAGUUGAUCGUGGGUUAUUUGAGGAUAAAGUAGCCAAUAUUUGGUGCAGCUUCAGUGUCUUUCUCAAGAUCAGGGAUAUUUUGCCACAUCACAUCCAGAUAAUGAUCAGCUUUUGUUUUACAUUUUUGAGCCUGCUUCCUGCAUGUAUAAAAUUGACACUUCAUCCCUCUCCUAAAGGAUUCAGAUUUACUCUGGUUAGCUGUGCACUGUCAUUCUUUUUAUUUUCUUUCCAAGUACAUGAAAAGUCCAUUCUUUUGGUAUCAUUACCAGUCUGCUUAGUUUUAAGUGAAAUUCCUUUUAUGUCUACUUGGUUUUUACUUGUGUCAACAUUUAGUAUGCUACCUCUUCUAUUAAAAGAUGAACUCCUAAUGCCUUCAGUUGUGACAGUGAUGGCAUUUUUUAUAGCUUGUGCAACUUCCUUUUCAAUAUUUGAAAAGACUUCUGAAGAAGAAUUGCAACUGAAAUGUUUUUCCACUUCUGUUAGGAAAUAUUUCACAUGUUUUACAUUUCUUCCCAGAAUUAUACAACACUUGUUUCUUACGUCGGUAAUCACUAUGAUCCUUCUGACAAUGAUGACUGUCACGCUGGAUCCUCCUCAGAAACUACCGGACUUAUUUUCAGUAUUGGUGUGUUUUGUAUCUUGCUUACAUUUCCUAUUCUUCUUGGUAUACUUUAAUAUUAUAAUCAUGUGGGAUUCCAAAAAUGGAAGAAGUCAGAAGAAAAUCAACUAGCUCUAUCCCCAAAGAAAUGUGAAAAUGUU